AGUUUCAGGAAUCAAUAUGAGUCCUAUCUUUUGAGCCCAAUGCCGCUUAAUGCUGUGUGGGGCUAUACGGCUUUUGUGAGCCCAGGACAGAUUCCCUGGGAGAUAUGCACGAUGUUUGGAGUGACAUGUGUGUGCUUCAUGGUCACUUUGUCAAUCAGCCUGAGGUGGGCAAUUCAGGAUUGUGUAAGAAGUUCGCAACUCGUCGAGAUAGAAAAGCGACCAAUCAUCCCAAUACAUUUAGAACUCGUUCGCAUGAUCGUGAUGAUCCCUGCGAUUAUGACGUCAAUGGCAGUGAUAUGCAUGAUUCGACCAUCGACAACCUUUGUCCUUGAGCUGCUGAUGGCCAUUUUCUCUUGUGUCGUCGUUGGAAACAUGACCAGAUAUUUUUUGGCGCUCCUUGGGGAGCCGCCCUUGCCACAAGAAUUGCUCGGCAGAAUGCCCAAAAAACGCUGGUGGUGUGGUUAUUUUUGUGGCGGUGUCAAUGACACGCUCCCAGGGAUGGGCUUGGUGUGGAGCAAAACACCGCAUCGUGUCACACUAGUUGACAUACACAGAGCCACAUCAAUGGUGAGAGUAUUCAUGACAGUAUACAUUCUCGUGAAUUGUUGGCAGCUGUCCUUUAGCAUGGUCCCCGUGGACGUCAUGAAGCUUGACACUGGUUGGUGCAUCUCCAAGACUGUGAUUUCAUCGUCCGUGAUCUCUGGAUUUGGGAUUUUCCUCACUGUUUGGGCAUGUUUUGUUGGGAUGGCUGGUUUCAACGUAGUGGCUGCAUCUAUCAGCUCUGUCCUUGACAUCGAGCUAUCACAGGUGGAUGGAGAUGAGCACAAGCUCAUAAAGCACUUCAAAGUUGGUUCGCAGUCCAAAAUAAUUGCAAUUUACAUGCUGCUUCCGUUGGCAUCGCCAAUCCUGAGCGCGAUGCCCAUAGGAUUCCCAGAUCCGAAGGUGCCGGUAUCUCACCUGGGCCCAAAUUUGGAAUGUCCAGUGUUUGAUCAAGAGGUUUGUGGCCACUUGAUGUACUCAAUGUGCAUUGCAAUUGGAAUGAUGGUGGUUUCAAUCUUGAACUACAGAAGCUUCAUCCCGGGGGACAUGUCAAUCGAGAAGCUUCCAGAUGUGCUUGCUCACCUCAACCCUCCAUCACCGCUUGAUGUAGAAGACCUAGAAGACCUAGAUGAGUCGCAAGGUGAGUCCUCAAUGGAGUCGGAAUAAAUCUUGUCAAUUGCUAAUUCAGAGCUUUAUGCAGCACAGCAUAGCACAGAUGCAGUGGCACGAUGCGCUGUGUGAAACGAAUUUGGUGCAGAA